AUGAUCGGCUGCAUGCCCGAGUCUGAGCGUCUGAAAGAGGCUCGGCAAGCCUUUGGUGACGUCAACCGCUCACGCGAGUCGCAUGAUCGGAGGCUUGAGGACUUCAAUGUUGACAUCAGGAAGAACAGUGCCCUGCGGAAUCGCUCACUUGUCCUUUCUUCCUUUGCUGGCCUUGUCACUUCGGCGGGACUGCUUGGUGCCGCGAGCGGUUUGCAGCACGUGGAUGGCAGAGCGGGUCUACCGGCGAUGAUUACCGGUCAAUUACUUCUGCAAGCCAUUGCUGGCGGGGGCGCUGUGGCUUACACCGUUUGUCUCGCACUGACAUUUGAACGCAUUGUGUACGAUGUGGAGCUGAAGCGUGAGCUUUGGGAGAUAGAGAACCACCUUACAGGGGAGAUUCAAGAGAUGGUGGCAAUUUACAAGUCCCAGGGGUUUUCUGAGGACGAUGCUCUCAUGAUCACACGCGUCUUUGCAAAGCACAGAACGCCCUUUGCAAACCUCAUGAUGGUAGAAGAGCUCGGCUACUCUCGGCUGGAGCCACCAUGUCCCAGGGAGGCUGUGGUGGAUGCCGCCGUUCCUGCCGCAGUUGGCUACACGAUGGGAUGUUUGCUGCCACUUGCUCCACUACUGGCGCGGCGCCUAUGCGCCUCGCGAAUUCAGGAGGUGAUGCUCUGCACCUUGACAAUGGGCGGUGUGCUGGUGAGCGCGGCGCAGUCAGAGGUGUUCUACGGCGGCUACGCAAGCAAGGUGAAGGCGCUGAAGGUAAUUGCGUGCAACCUGUCAGCGGUGGGGGUUGUUUUUGGCGCCGCGCGUCUGGUAUCACAACUUUUUCGUUCUGCCUGA